GCAUUGAUUUAAACCCCAACAACGUUACAGAUGUAUAUACAGAAUUAUUUAUCAAGUUAUUUAGAAAAUCUGUAAUCAAUUUAGCGCCUUUGAUAAACACAAGGAAAGCGGGAUUUAUUGUAUCAGUUUUUUUCUGCAUAUGGAAUGACUUUAAAUACAUUAAUGAUUUCUUAGCCCGAAUACAUCGGCAAUUUCGUAGCGUUGUAGCGCGAUUUAUAUUUGAUAAAAUAAAAGUGUUAUUAUUUACAUAUAAACAAUAUGGAGACUUAUUUAUUUGCUAUUAUCAAGUUGUGAGCAUUUGAUGAAUAGGAACUGGAAUUUAUCAUUGUAUUUACAUAAUAUUGCAAUGGUGUAUAUGAAAAGAAUCUGUUAAAAGAAAAGAAACGAAGUAAAACAAUUUCUAGUCAAGCAAUAUACAGUAGGCCUAUUUUAAAGAUUAUUUGUAAAGAAACGUGUGCAAUGCAUUAGAUGUUAAUGCGAUGGAUUUGUUUUCUUGUGUAACAAACGAAUUUAAUCAAUAUGAGGAACAUAGUUUGAAGUAAAACUCAAAUGUCCUUCGAAGAGUGAUAGGAAAUUAAAGGAAUUAUAUAAGUACUAUUUUACUCGUUUCGAGAAAACAUACCCAACAUAUUGAAGUUUGCGCAAAGAUAAUUGUUAGCUGUUGCAAGAAACUUGGAUAGAAAAUGUGAAAAAUGACCAAUAAAACGCGAGUACUUUUGCACGCGCAUGAAAACUUCAUUUACUACAAAUUGCAUGUACUGCACGAGGAAAUAAUUCAAUUUUGUGAAAUGGUAGUUAAUAUUCGAAAUGAAGAAUGACGUUAAAGUACGAAAAUGAUUAUUUUCGGAAUGGUGUGGAUUUUAAUUACGUAUAAUGCAAUUCCCAUACAGUGUCAAGAAGUCACGUGUGCUGGUCUUCCGUGUAAGAACAAUGCACUAUGUGAGGAUACGGAAGAUGGUUACCGAUGUUUCUGUGUAGACGGUUUUGCAGGAGAAAACUGUGAAAUCAAUUUCGAUGACUGCAUUAGUUCCCCAUGUCGCAAUAAUGCCACGUGCAUAGAUAUUGUUGCAGGAUACACGUGCACGUGUUUACCGGGAUUCACGGGCAAUGAAUGUCAGGUGAACAUUGACGAAUGCACAUCAAGUCCAUGUCUGCAGAACGGUAAAUGUGUAGAUCUCGUAAACGGUUACGCUUGCGAGUGUUUCCCGCCAUUUAGGGGAGACAACUGUACACUACUUCCGUGUGACAACGCACCAUGUGAAAACGAGGCAUUAUGCAGAAAUGAUGUCGGUUUUAACGAGUCACUCAGUGGUUUUGUAUGUGACUGUAUCACUGGAUUCUCGGGGCCUCGGUGUGAGAUAAAUUUAGAAGACUGUGAUCUUGAAAACUUCACUUCCUGUUCUGGUAAUGGACUGUGUAUAGACGGUAUCAAUGAUUACAGUUGUCUGUGUGAGCCAGGAUGGGUGGGGGAUUAUUGUAAUUUCCCUGUAGAUGACUGCAUAGGUAAUUCCUGCAAAAAUAAUGCAACAUGUACUGACUUACAUUUGGGCUACAUGUGCACGUGCAAACCGGGAUAUGAAGGUUCAUUAUGUGAGCGGGAACGAGACGAGUGUUCUUCAUGGCAGCCGUGCGAAAAUGGAGCAGUUUGUGUGGAUCUCUUUAACUCUUACAGAUGUGAGUGUAUGGAAGGAUGGUUUGGUGUUAAUUGCUCACAAGAAGUGAACGAAUGCGAAAACAACGAAUGCCAAAAUAAUGCGCAAUGCAUCGAUGUGAUUGGUGGAUUCAAAUGUAGAUGUCCGCCAUUUUACACCGGACUACUAUGCGAGGUUCAGUUCAAUCCUUGCGCGCCAGAAUAUAAUCCGUGUCAAAAUAACGCAAACUGCAUUGUUCCUCCUGAUGGCCAAUACAGAUGCUACUGCUUACCAGGGUUCAUGGGAAUUCAUUGUGAGGUGAAUAUAAAUGAGUGUUUGUCAAUGCCUUGCGAGAACAACUCCACAUGCGAGGAUAUUACAGCCGGGUAUAUUUGUCAUUGUACACCGGGUUGGCAGGGUCAGAAUUGUCAAGAUAAUAUAGACGAUUGUGCUUCGGACCCGUGUCUGAAUGGUGCUGACUGCAUGGAUCUCCAUAAUGGAUUCGAGUGUAAUUGUACUAGAGAAUACCAAGGUCCUACAUGCGACGAAGCUGUCGACUUUUGCCGGAGAAAUCCAUGUUUUCACGACAGCAUUUGUGUAAGUUUUAUUGGGGGAUACAGAUGUCUCUGCUCGACUCCAUAUACCGGAGAGCAUUGUCUGGAUCUGAUAGACGCUUGUCAAAGCGCCCCCUGUUUAAACAAUGGUACUUGUAUGAACACCGUUUCCGGUUAUCAGUGUAGUUGUAAGCUACCAUACACAGGAAGUACGUGUAACGAGCUUGUAGAUUUUUGUGACAGUGCACCAUGUGUUCUAGGAACAUGUGUUUCACUUGCAGACGAUUUUGUCUGCAUUUGUCCAGAGUAUUUAACAGGAAAACAGUGUGCUGACGUUGUAGAUUAUUGCCUAAACACGCCGUGUGAAAAUGACGGGAAUUGUAUAAAUGCUGAAUUUGAUUUCCGUUGUAUAUGUGCAUAUGGAUUUACGGGCAAAACUUGUGCGCAAAUGAUUGACUUCUGUAUUGAAGAACCGUGCCAAAAUGAAGCCAAUUGCUCAAAUAUUCCUGGUGGUUUUCAAUGUAUAUGCCCGCAUGGAUUUACUGGCGAUUUAUGCCAAAAUGUGUUACCAACUGUGAUAUCUUCAAGUAUAUUAUCAACAACUUCAUCAUUAACUGAUAGUACAUCAUUGUCUUUAUCAUCGUUCUUUAUGACACCAUCAUCAUCAUUUGUAACGUAUAUCUCAACUUCAGCUUUAUAUUCAAUACCAAGUGUUCAAACUUACAUGUCAACGAGUGACUACGUUACACAUUUAUCUAUUAGCCCAUCUUCCGUUAUACAGUAUACGCCUGCCUCAGAAUCAGUUGAUAUUACAACGAGAACAGGCUUUGCUUCUAUUUCAAGAUCACUUCCUGACAGUUUAAUUAAGACCGUGUCAUCUACCUCAUUUCAACUUGAAAAAACAUCAUCAACAGGUGCUAUUCGGAUCUCAUCGUCCGGGCUUUUGUCUACGUCAGUAUUUUCAAUGGAAUUAGUCUCUGCAGUUAGCACAUCAAACAGUAUGAUUUCAAGUUUGUACAACAAAACUUAUUUUCCAAGUAAAAGUGAAACUUCUCUUGUCAUGUCAAUGUCUUCCUUGAAUUAUUCAAUUGCAAUACCAUCUUCAUUGACUCAUUCAAUUGUAAAAACAACUUCCUUGAAUCAUUCAGCUGCAACAUGGACUUCUUUGAAUCUUCCAACAGCUGCGUCUACUUCCUUGAAUAUUCCAAUCGCAGGGUCGACUUCUUUGAACCCUCCAUCUACAACGUUCACUUCUUUAAAACUCCCAACUUCAACGUCUAAUUCCUUGAAUCUUUCAACUGCACCAUUAACAUCAUUGAGUCAUUCAACUGCAACAGUAACAUCAAUGAAUUAUUCAUCUGCAACAUCAACGUUAUGGAAUUAUUCAUCUAGCAAAAAAAGUAUAUCAGAGAUGUCGGUCGAAUAUUCAAGUAUAAGUGUAACCCCUCCUGCAAGUGCAUCACAAUAUAUUUCAAGCACGGCAUUGUCUUCUUCCACUUCAUUUACUUCAGAUUAUUUCAGUAGUACCACUUCAAAUGAACUUUCUAGACAGUCAACCACACUAAAAUCUACAAUGAUCAAUCCAACAAAAUUCAACUCUUACGUAUCUACAUCAAAAGAAAGCACAGUUUUCUCAUCAGAUAUCGCAUCAAGUAUUCCACAUUUGUCAUCUUCCAAACUAUUUGUUCCUACCACUCCUUUAAAAGAUGCUUCAAGCGUAUCAUCUGCUUCAUCAACAUUUGGUCUGCCGGCAUCUUCCACAACAUCUUUGUCACAUAUAUCACCAUCAAAGUCUUCCUCAUUCAUACAUCAAACAUAUAGUACUGAUCAUAUCACAACAUCAAUUCCUCCAAGCUCAAUAUUAAUGUCCUCAAUGACAGAAAUUUCUGAUUCAUCUAACCUCGUACAUCCCUCAUUUACACAGACAGAAGUAUCAUACUCACCGGCAUUAAUCUCAAGUAGUCUCUUCUCAAAAUCUGUUUCAUUUGCUCUAUCUUCUGAGGCUGUAUCAACACAAACAACCAUCGUUCAACUGGAACAGUCAUCAAACUUUUCCGAUAAGUCGCUGUCUUCAUUGUCGAAAUACAUUAGCACAUCUGAAAAUAUUUUCUACUCAAGUUCUAGCGCGAGUCUUCAGCAAUCUAGUGGCGACUCAACACCAGUCUCAUUCGAACAGACAUUUACAGCAACACAUACAAUGGACUUUUCAAGUAGGAGCGUCCCGAUGUUUACUUCCAUAGACAAUUCAGUAAGUCAAGAAAAACACACAUCUAGUUCAACUUUACGACUUUCGACUACAAAACCAUUUUUGACAUCAGAAAGCACGUUAUCGCGUUCUACAUUGAUGUCAAGUUCAGUUACUCAGACAAUGUCAGAUUUCACACAAAGGACUACUUCUGAUUUUACAAUUUCUUCUACGAUAUCAACUGAUUCUUUAUCACAACAAUCAGCAGCAUCUUUGGUGAUUUCAGGUGACCUUAGAACUUCCACAGAUUUAGAUUUCUCCUCAACUAUGUAUAUGUCAUUAGAUAGUGUAACUUCAUUUCAAAGUUUGAAUUUAUCUGAUUUAUCUGAGAAAACAUCGAUUAAUACCACCGUAUCUCUUGUUCCAUCGAACCUUUCUAAACUAUCGUCAUCAAAAUCACACACGACUCUGGGUUCAAGUCGUUCUAGAACAUUAAUUCAAAGAAGCAGUGAAAGUCUGAAGACAACAUCAUUCAGCGGUGAUUUUCAGACAAGUCAUAUGUUACGAACAAUCUCUUCAAUAUUACCAACAAUGUCGUCGACAGCAUUAUCUCCAACAUAUAGCAAGGAAAUCUCCUUUCUAACAAAAGCUUCACCAAUGUCAUCACCUGCGUUCCCAAGUACAUCUUUUUUCGUGACGUCUAACCUUUUAACUUCAUAUUCAAGGCCAUCGAAGUUGUCGGUAAACAAAUCUGAAGCAAGCUGGGCAAUCACGCAUUCUGCAUCUACUGAUUUUGCCAUUGAAUCGUCAAAAAUCAUGUCGUCACCCGAUAUUAGUCCAGUGUCUCUGGUCAGUUCAAAUUCUUUAAGCCCUUCAGAUGAAAAUACCAUUUUGACAACACCUAGCUUAGAGAUUACAAAAACUUAUGAGAGAAGUAGUUCGAAUGACGUAAUAAGUAAGAGUAAACAUAGUGUUACAUCUGUGUCAACCAUUCCAAACAUGUCUUCCAACUUGUUUUCAUCUGAGAGUAGUUCAUUCAUAAUCACAUCUGUUACGAUUUCUGGAAUUGAAUCAACAUCAACUAUCUUACAAAUGUCAUCCUCAGGAAUACUGCAACCGACAUCAACAUUGUUUGAUAACUUAUUAUCUUCUUCAACAGAAUCAGCUGUGGCUACAUUUGUAAAUUCAGGAAUAUCACAGUAUGGAUCAUUGACAUCUCCCAAUUUGUAUUCGUCGUCUUUCCAUGCGUCUUCAACAUCGACUCUUGGACUUUCGACGUUUACAUAUUCAACAGAAUUUUCAUCAACCGCUUCUGUCACUAUACAGCCAUCUAAAAGCGCGCCUUUUUCAACGCUUUCCUUAUCAACUACGACACCAGGGCCAUCUACUUCGUGUGAAUCUUUCGGAUGCUUUAAUGGUGGGGAUUGCAAAGAGGAUAUAUCCGGAGUCUACUGUGAUUGUGGGGAUAAAUAUAUAGGCCAAAAGUGUCAGACAGAGGCAACGGCUUGUGAUGGUUAUGUGUGUGAAAAUGGCGGAACAUGCACCGUUACCAUGACAAUUUUCAAUGUACAAGUACCCAGAUGUUCUUGUCAACUGCCGUUCUACGGACCAAGGUGUGAAAAUGAAAAGCUGAUUUAUUAUCCAGCUUUCAUUGGCUCGUCUUAUCUUGAGCUGACUCCGCCAGAUAUAUCUUCUGACCAAUCAAACGAGAUAUAUGUUUCAAUAAAGACCACUCAGAUGGACGAUACAAUUUUGUAUUCAGCCAAUCGAGAAGCAGAUUAUAAACAGGCUGCAUUUAUGCGUCUCUAUUUGACCAAUGGGGAGCUUCGUUACAUAUUUUCGUGCGACGGUUUCAUGAAUGGAGUUGUCGAAACUGGCAUGACAGUCAAUACUGGCGAUGUAUAUGAAAUUGUCAUACGACAAGUGUGGUCAUCAGGACCAGGAGAAUGGUGCUCAUCAGCUGUCAUUGUCAACUCCAGGGUGUUUGUCAGUAGUCCUAUACUAACAGUCAGACAUUCCCAGUUACUAGGAAAUCUGUAUCUAGGAGGAAUACCACGGUACACAUACACAGAUGAUGUCAUUUCCGGUACUCACAUAAUGGACGGCUUCAUUGGCUGUAUCCAUAAUUUGCAGAUCAAUAAAAAAGAGAUUGACCUCGUUACCAUGCCGAUUAGAGGGGUCAAUAUUGACAACUGUAAUGUUCCCGUGUGUCAGCACGAUCCGUGUAAAAAUGGAGCUACUUGUCACAGUUCUGGUGAAGAAUGGUACUGCAGUUGUCCUUCCGGAUAUGGUGGCGCCCUCUGCGAACGGAAGUUGUGUGACGUCAAUCCAUGUCAACAUGGCGGAACAUGCAUAAUUCAAGAAAAGGCUCGUGAUCAGUUGUGUCUUUGUCCGUAUGGUAGAGGUGGUGCUCUGUGUAAAGAAGUUUUACCUGUAGCAAUACCUCACUUUGUUGGAGACAAAUAUGGCUACAGUUCAUAUAUCGCAUACGCGCAUCCACACUAUGUCGAGACUGAUAUAGAACUUGAAUUCGACAUCAUACUUGAUAAUACAUCUGCCGACACAAGUUUGAUCCUAUUUAUGGGAAAUACGGGUUCAUAUGACGGUAGGAGAGAUUUUAUGGCUGUGGGUUUGGAAUUCGGUUUUGUCGUGUACAGAUUUGAUCUUGGCUCGGGCUAUGGACAGAUUUAUAGUGCAAGAAAACUUGACGAGACCAUACAUCACCAUUCCAUAAAACUUGGACGAGCUGGAAACUCUGGUUGGCUUCAGGUCGACAACCAGCGAAAUAUAACUGGAAAGAGUCCCGGUGUUCUAACGGCACUAAAUACAAACUCAAAACUCUACUUUGGUAACGUCGAUGUGUCAGAAAUUGGAGUUUUGCCAAAUGGGGCGGACUUUGAUGAUGGGUUCAAAGGGUGCAUUUUCAACAUCAGGAUAAGAAGCGAUAUUACACAGUUUAUUGUCCCCGGUAACCCACCUGGACAUGUUAUAAAUGGCAGAAAUGUAGGGGAGUGUUCCUCAAUGUCUUGCGACCAAAACAUGUGUCAAAAUGGCGCUGAUUGUCGAGAUCUUGGCGCUUCAAUUUAUUGUGCUUGUAAAGAAGGCUGGAAAGGCACAUUCUGUACAGAUGUUAUUACUGUUUGUGAUCUUGCUCAUGCGUGUGGAGACGGAAGUACGUGUGUUCCCAAAAUGUCUGAUGGCUACCACUGCCUUUGCCCACUUGGAAAGAGAGGGACACAUUGUGAUGAAGACAUGAACAUCAGUGACCCAAUGUUCCUCGGAGAAGGGUCUUACAUGGCGUUCCAACCGUUGUAUAUCAAACGUCAGAUACAGAUUCAGCUUCAGAUCAAACCGAAUAUGUCUGAGGGACUUCUUUUCUAUGUUGCCCAACGCCUUCAUAGUCAUUCUGGCGAUUUUCUGUCCUUAAUAUUAAAUAACAAGCGUUUACAGCUGAGAAUCGAUGUAGGGGCUGGAGUAAAUAUGAUUGAACAUAUGACCGAGGUUUCUAAUCCGGAUAGAUGGUAUACUGUAGAAGCAGGAAGAAAUGUGACACACUUCUACAUUUCUGUAGAUGAUGAAACGGUCACAGAACAGUUACAAGGAAUGAUGACAUUUCUAGAUGUUACAACAGACUUUUUCAUCGGCGGUCUUCCAGACUUAGAAGAUGCUUCCCCAGAAGCUUUUGAGAACGAACCAGAAGCGUUUCAUGGUUGCAUCAGGGACUUUGCCGUGAACGAAAAGCAGUUACAACUGAAUCAAAAUGGAGCAAAAUACGGCCGUAACAUUGAAGACUGUGACGGUACAAGAUGCGGGUACGAUGUUUGCAGGAAUGGAGGAACAUGUUCUGUUGAAGCUGAUGAUGAGUUUAGCUGUAGUUGUACGGGCUCGUUUGUUGGUGAAACGUGUGACAUACCCGUACAAUGCUCUAACCACAGCUGUGUACAUGGCAUCUGUAGAGCAGCAGGGGACGACAGUUAUAAAUGUGAUUGUUUCAUAGGAUGGCAGGGAAGGUUCUGUAGCGAUGUGGCGGAUCUAAAGAAUUCUGUUUACUUCUCGACCGGAAGUUAUAUGAACUUUAUUGAUGACGAUUUCCCGCGGAGUAAUACAUCAAAAACGGAUAUCUCGUUUUCAUUUAAAACGACAGUUAUAAACUGCAUUAUGUUAUGGAAUGGACAGACGUACACGGACGAUGAAGAUUAUCUUGGCGUAGGAAUACAAGAUGGCCUACUGAAACUUGUUUGGAAUCUUGGUUGGUACUCAAAAGGAGAAAUAAUCACACCUCUGAAGUUUAGUGAUGGAAAAUGGCAUAAUAUUACAAUUGAAAGGGAAAAGCAACUGUUAGUUCUGAAAAUUGAUGAGCUGACGUACGAAAGUCGAGUAUCCGGAGACUUUUUCACUUUGGACACUUUCGGAGCGUUCUAUAUAGGAUCGUUCAAAGACAAUGACGUGGCACACAAUACUCUUGGAUAUUUUUUGGAGCCAUUCAAUGGAUGCUUUAAAGAUCUUCAGAUUUACAAGCAAUCGGCAGUGAAUUUUAAUUUAGUACAAGAUGGAAUUAAUAUACUUGCGUGUGACAGUGUAAAAUGGUGACAUUAUGCAAUGUUCUUUUACUUUUUAUUGGACCCAGGAUAAAAACGGACUGACCCGGUGUAAUGGGGGUCUUUAUUAGCGUUUUCAUAACAAAAGAAAAUUAAUUUUACAGAGUAGUUUUACGACUUGUGUUGUGAAAGUGUUGUGUUUCUAAUCCGAACUUUCUUCUGGUCCGGAUGAGCCCGGAUAAGACAGGUUCCUCUGUAUCUGUGUUGACUGGCGUUGAUGAAUGUGAUUAGGAAAGCAAAAAUGCAGUUUUGCACAUUUGUCAUGUUAAACAUUUUAGGCAUGUUGUCUAAAUUUGUUUGCUAUAUUUAUAUGACGUUGAUUCUUUUGUUUUGUUGUUGUUUUUCUUUUAAAGAAAAUUAUUCUUCAUUAACAAUAUUACAUUUGUAAAUAUAUGAUGAAAAUAUGAUUAUAUAUUUGAUAAUGGAAAUGUCUGGCUCUGCCAGGUUAUGUCAAUUUA